CAUUUCAUCGUUGAAAAAGUAAGGUUUAGCAAGUGAUUUACAAGAACGGAAAUACAUUAGAGGAACUACGUCGUUCCGAUGCUCGUGCCAUCGUGCGUGGGAAAAUCAAAAGCUUAAACAUUGCAAAUGAGAGAUGGAAGACGAGCUAAUCGUUCCUUGCUCUUCCCUUGCUGUUGAUUCCUUCAUCAGAUUCACAACGGCAGGUGGACUCUGGGGAUUUUGUUCAGCCCCAUAUGAUGCUCGUAAAAGAGGUUUAACUGGUAUUGCUCAAGCUUCGUUUGUGGCAAAAUCUGUCGGAAAAUUCGGAUUCCAAUGCGGACUUGUUGCCGGUGUAUUCUCCACCACUCGCUGUGGCCUUCAGAGAUACCGGAAGCAGAACGACCAGAUAAACACUUUAAUUGCGGGUGCUGUUGCUGCGAGGACCAGGAGCUGGAAAAAUGUGAUUGCGGUGGCAUGCCUUGUUUCAGCCUUCAGUGUUGCUGCUGAAGUUUCCAGAACAAAUUGAAAAUCUAGUCGCUUAAUCUAUGUCGAUCAGUGGUAAUCAGAGAGUAACCAAAGGAGUUCGGCAUUUGUAAGAGUAAACCUCAUAUGUAAUAUAGAUUUGAAUUGGGAAAUAAAUGCACAAGGUAGUCACUAUUGCUGCAAACACAAGCUAUUGCAUUUAUAAAAAUAGGGUUAAAUGUUAUUGAUUA